AUUAUUGAGCAGGAUUAACCAGUGCAUGUUUCUAGAAAACUCGAGGGCGUUCGGUUGCUUAUUUUAACGAAUCGAAAGUACUGAUCAUUACAGACGAUACUUUAUUACUGUUACAAAGUAAAAGACAAGAAAUAAACCUGUUUCAAAAGAUUUAAAGUAAAUUUUAAAACAAUCCACAAUGGUGAAGGAGACUGCAUACUAUGAUGAACUUGGAGUUAAGCCAAGCUCUACACCAGAAGAGAUAAAGAAAGCUUACAGAAAGCUGGCUUUAAAAUUCCACCCUGACAAACACCCAGAAGACCCAGAAAAGUUCAAGCACAUCAGUCAGGCGUAUGAAGUCCUGUCCGACCCUAAGAAGCGUGAGACGUAUGAUCGUGGUGGGGAGGAAGCCAUUAAGGGUGGUGGUGGUGGUGGGGGCGGGGGCUUCGACUUCCACUCACCCAUGGACAUUUUUGACAUGUUCUUCGGUGGUGGCCGAGGUAGACAGAGGGGUCCGGAGAAGGGGAAGGACGUGAUCCACCCACUUAAGGUGUCUCUGGAAGACCUAUACAAUGGAGCCACCAGGAAACUCUCUCUUAAGAAGAAAGUUAUCUGUUCCAAGUGUGAAGGGCGUGGUGGGAAGGAGGGAGCAGUAGAGAAAUGUCCAACAUGUAAAGGACAGGGCAUACAGGUUCAUAUACGACAGUUGGGUCCGGGGAUGGUACAACAGAUGCAGUCUGUGUGUACCGAGUGUGGAGGCAAAAGGGAGAGAAUCAACCCCAAACUCCGCUGUAAAACUUGCCUUGGCAAAAAAACUAUAGAAGACCACAAGAUACUUGAGGUCCAUGUAGAUAAAGGUAUGAAGGAUGGAGAGAAUAUCCGGUUCACGGGUGAGGGGGACCAGGAACCAGGUCUCGAGGCGGGGGACAUUAUCAUUGUACUUGAUGAGAAGGAGCACUCACGCUUUAAGCGGAACGGGUCUGACCUGAUUAUGGACAUGGAGCUACAGUUGGUGGAGGCCCUGUGUGGCUUUCAUAGGACCAUUGAGACCCUGGACAAACGAUCACUCGUUAUCUCUUGUCUCCCUGGUGAGGUAAUCAAGAAUGAUGAUAUCAAGUGUGUGCUGGGUGAGGGUAUGCCUGUGCACCGGGACCCAUUCACAAAGGGCCGUCUCAUUAUUCGCUUCAAGGUCAUAUUCCCGAAGAGCGGAACCAUCCCUGCAGACAAGAUCCCCCAGCUGGAGAAGUGUUUCCCUCCCCGAUCAGAGAUCAUUGUCCCAGACGGGGCCGAGGAGCACUCCCUCGUAGACUUUGACCCUGAGGAGCAGCGCAGGCGGGGACGCCAUGGGGAGGCAUACCACUCUGAUGAAGAGGAAGGGCCAGGUGGACAGAGGGUGCAGUGUGCAUCACAUUAAUGAUUAGACAGUUUUAGGAUGUGUGGGUGGGUCAGCUUGUUUGUAUGUGUAGUGAUAAAUAUGAAGUAUUUUAUUGGCACUUCAGUGUUGUCUAUGGAUGUAUGGCAACAAUUGUACAGUGAACAUACCAAUUUUCAAUGAAAGAAUGGCUCUAAUUGUACAGAACUGAUCUGCAGCAGCUGUUGGUAUAGUUCAGCAUUCUUCACAACUUGCUCAGAAAUAUUCAUUUUACACUUUACAGACAUGUUUACUUGUCUGGAAGCAGGUUUUUUAAGGUAUAGAUUCCUAAUUAGAUUUUAUCAAAUUUGUCUAAUAUGCUGUUUUUAAAAGCAACAUAUGUACAGGAAAUUAUUAAAUUCAGACCUUGAUGAGAAAUCUAGCCAUUUUACAAUGAACACUGAAACAGAUGUUUGUGAAAAAAUAGUUUAUUUUUGUUUCAUAAAUUAGGUAGAUUGUUUUAACUAAUUCUGAGCUUUUUGUGACUACAGAACUGUAUGUUAACUAGUGUUGACUGUGUAUAUAAACUGAUUGACUGUGUACUGAAAGUAAUUUUAUUUUCAGAUUGUGUUUUGAAUUAACUGUUAUCAAUGUAUUAAUCUUUAUACUUGAGGCAUCUCAUGUACAGGUGUGUGAAUAUUUUAACUAUCACGUAUACAGGUGUAUGUUGGAUGGCGGCUGACCCCAUAUACAGGUGUAUGUUGGAUGGCAGCUGACCCCAUAUACAGGUGUAUGUUGGAUGGCGGCUGACCCCAUAUACAGGUGUAUGUUGGAUGGCGGCUGACCCCAUAUACAGGUGUAUGUUGGAUGGCAGCUGACCCCAUAUACAGGUGUAUGUUGGAUGGCGGCUGUCCCCAUAUACAGGUGUAUGUUGGAUGGCGGCUGACCCCAUAUAUACAGGUGUAUGUUGGAUGGCGGCUGACCCCAUAUACAGGUGUAUGUUGGAUGGCGGCUGACCCCAUAGGAUUUUGGUAUUAUUCAAAAGGGUUUGAUGUGUAGAAAAAGAAGCUGUAAAAGUAAUACUCGAACAAAUAAGUCAAAUUAGCUUUUUGGCCUUGACAAAAUUUAUUAGUGGGUCAGUUCACAAAUGAUUUCAUUGGAAAUAAAGAAUAUUCACAAACUGCAAUAACUUUUGUCAUUUAGCAUUUUUUUUCAUAAUUCAACAUUUUGUUGGCAAACAAAAUACCCUUUCAAAUUAUACCAAAAUUGAUUGGGUCACCUUACAUAAAAAAAUCAACAUAAAUGCCAAUGAUGCGAUAAAAUAACAAACACAUUUGUUAAAUUGAAGCACUGUUUUCAUCAUUAAACGUUAUACAACAUUUCUCAUAGUCGGGUUCUUUUUAAUCAUUUGCUGAAGUUGUAGCUCAAGAGAGCAUAAUAAUUGUUGAACACAUUCCUGUAAAAUUCACCUACCAUACUAAAUCCACUUGUAUAACUUUCUAUGUAUUGUUGAAUUUUGACCAAAACUACUAAUUUGUAUUCAUUUGAGUUGUUUAUGUGAUUCUCAUGUUUUAAUAAAGAAAGCCAAAAGCCAAAACACAGUCAGUACUCUCAGUAUUUGAAAUAGAUCAGAGAUGAUGUACUAAUAAUGAUGAUCAUAGACUGAAUGGCUUUACCUUUCUGAGUUCACCAAUAUUGCAUCACUGUUGCAGCCCAUGUCCAGCUGGACACAGCCUGACUCAUGGCAAGUUCAGUUCGAACGCAUGCUUUUUGCAACAGAACAAUAAGAUUAAUCUUAGACAGAAACUUGCAUUUCAACCUCUGAAUAUUUUGGAAAACUGUUUUAGGCUCUGUUUUUCAAUAUUUGCAUUGCCCUGUGUACUAUGGUAGACAUUUUUUCAUUCGCAUAUUGUACAUUUUGUUUGUCUUUUUUUCGGAGUUGUUGUACACUUAAUAAACUAUGAAUAAAUCAAGA